AUGAGUCAAGUUUCUGGAAAGGAACCGGGCAGGAAAUGGUGGAAGGAAGCCAUUGUAUACCAGAUUUAUCCGGCAUCUUUCGUAGACACCGAUUCUAAUGGUGUUGAAAAUAUCAACGGGAUCACUGCUAAACUGGGCUAUCUCAAAGAAUUAGGCGUGGAUAUUCUAUGGAUCUCAUCAGUCUACGAAAGUCCACAGAAAGACAUGGGGUAUGAUAUUUCGAACUACCGUGACAUACAUCGUCCCUACGGUACAAUGCAAGACGUCCACCAUUUGAUCGAUGAGCUCAAGGUACGCGAUAUGAAGCUCAUCAUGGAUCUGGUGGUCAAUCACACUUCAAAUGAGCAUCCCUGGUUUAUUGACUCGGCCUCGUCAACAGUAAGCUCGCGACGAGACUGGUACAUCUGGCGAAAGCCAAGGUAUGACGCCCAGGGCAAACGGCAGCCACCGAACAACUGGUGCAGCCUCUUCGACGAGACCGAGUCAGCCUGGACCUACGACUCCAAAAUGGAUGAGUACUAUCUUUCGCUCUUUAGUCCAUUCCAGGCCGACCUGAAUUGGGAAACCCCAUUCGUCCGAGAGGAAGUCUGCGAUAUCCUGCGAUUCUGGCUGGACAAGGGGGUUUCUGGUUUCCGGAUGGACGCCAUAAACCUCAUCUCCAAAGACCAGAUGUUCCCUGACGCAGAGAUUCUUCAUCCAGGCAGAGAGUACCAACCGGAUGAAUGUUGCUUCGCCAACGGGAUCCGACUCAUGGACUAUCUCCAGGAGAUGAAAAGCGCUGUCUUCUCGAAAUACGACACUCUCACGGUUGGUGAGAUGCCGUACCUCGAGGACGAAGAAGAGAGACUCAAGAUGGUGGCGGCGGAAGAGGCUCUACUGGACAUGAUCUUCACCUUUGAAAUGAUGGAUCUUGACGUUGUCCCUGAGAAAGGCCGUUUCAGCAACAAGUCGUGGACUGUCAAUGACCUGAAGAAUUUGGUUACCAAAUCAUUGUAA